UUUGAUAGUAGUUGUGAUCGCUCAACGCGGAACGUACAUGUGAAAUUCUUGAGUCGAUGAAGUUGCUGAGGAAAAUAGUUGGAUAUGGAACAAUUGUUGCCGGAUUGACUGGUAUUACAGCUGGUCUAGUGUACGGACCAGAAGAACUGAAACGUGAAAUAACUUCCAAUGGUUUGGUGAGAGUUGCACGGGCUGCUCGAACGGUGAUUGUUAUUAGUUAUGACUACAAAAGAACGCUUUGGGGAAUAGACAGAAGUUCUACUGAAUAUUUAGAGCUCAAAUCUCAGGUUCAUCUGAGAUCUGCUAAGAGUCUGCGAGACUUGUGCUGUGUCAAUGGAGGAGCUUAUAUCAAAGUGGGUCAACAUGUUGGCUCCUUAGACUAUCUUUUGCCCUCAGAGUAUGUACAGACCAUGAAGGUCCUUCACAGUGAUGCCCCACAGAGCCCCCUUGGCGAUAUCUAUCAUGUUUUAGAGGAAGAACUAAAGUGUAAAGUAAACCAAGUCUUUGCUAGCUUUGAAGACAAGCCCAUAGGAGCUGCGUCAUUAGCACAAGUUCACAAGGCAACACUACAUGAUGGUAGAGUGGUGGCAGUUAAGGUACAACACAGAGAUGUUCAAAAACAUGCAGCUGUUGACAUGGCAACACUUGAGAUUUUAGCUGUAGCAGUUUCAUGGUUGUUUCCAGAAUUCAAGUUUAUGUGGCUUGUGGAGGAAUCUAAGAAACAUCUUCCUCUUGAGCUUGAUUUUGAGCAUGAGGGACGAAAUGCUGAAAAGAUUGUGCAGUUUGUCAAGAAAUUUCCAUUUGUUAAGAUUCCUGAAAUAUAUUGGCAGUUUUCAACCAAACGUGUGUUAACAAUGGAAUUCUGUGAUGGGGGAAAAGUGGAUGACCUUCCAUAUAUGAAAAGUCACAAGAUAUCCUCUGAUGAGAUUGCCUACAAGCUUGGCCUUCUCUAUAGUGAGAUGAUAUUUGUUAAUGGAUAUGUGCACUGUGACCCGCAUCCAGGCAACAUUUUUGUCAGGCGGGAUCCUAGUAAUGGGGUUGAGAUUGUCUUCCUUGACCAUGGCUUAUAUCAGACGUUAUCCAAUGAAUUUCGAAUCAACUACUGUAAAUUGUGGCAGUCGCUGAUCAAGUCAGACUUGGAAGGAAUCAAACAGAGUAGUAAGGUGUUGGGUGUGGAAGAGAUGUACGGACUUUUGGCCUGUAUACUGACCGCAAGGUCCUGGGACGUAGUCACGACAGGCAUAGAUCAGGGACCAGUCACUGAGGAUGAGGCGGAGCUUAUCCGAGUGAACGCAGCCACAUAUGUAACAGAGAUUACGGAGCUGUUGAACCGUGUUCCUAGGCAACUGCUGUUACUAUUGAAAACAAACGAUCUGCUACGGAGUAUAGAUUACAGACUGAAUACCAGCGCCACAUCGCGCUCGUUCAUUACAAUGUCACGUUGCUGUAUUCGCGCUGUAACCAAGCAACGGCUAGAAAAUUGUCACGGCUGGGUGGAGUGGGUCCGAAUUCAAGCAGAUUAUACCAUAAACCACCUCAGAAUUUCACUAUAUCAGAUGUACGCUUCUAGUGUUGUUUUAUCGUUCAGAAGACUUUUAACAAGACUUAUGGGUGGAAUGCCGUUUCUUUGAUGACUGAAUUCGUAAUAUUGAUAACGAAAUGGACAAGUUUUCGGCGUCCCUGAUAUAUUUUUUGUGAAUGUUUAUCGACAUAACCUCAGAUACUAAAUCUAACUGGGCUAAUAUAUUUCGUAAAAUUUGGCAGAUUUUCAAAGACAAUGUUUGUGCCCUGAAUUUAGCACUCCGCUUUUUUUAUUGUCUAUUUUUUUUCGAUUCAAGUUUGCAAUGCUGAAUCCACAAGUUGUGGAGGAGUCUAUGAACUGAAAAAACAUUACAUUAGCUCGCUGAAUUAUUGAAAAGGUGAAAGAAUAAAGGUGGUGUUGCGUCGGUGGAAGGUAGAGCAAGAUAGUUUGGUUUUAUCACUGAGUUGUUACGUUGAAGAGGUGAUUUGCGCCGAUUGAGGAUUGAAACAGUUUAAACUUCUGUGACCCUUUGUAAAGCCUAACCUAUGCUUUUACGAUAAAACUGAAGGCAAAGAAAUAGGCAAUAAAUUUAUCCGUAAUUGGACGAAGGGUUAGGUUAUUCGUGUUUUAAAUAAUCCGGUCUAAGACAAUAUAGUUUAUCAGAAGCUUAGAACCUGUCCCACAUUCACACCAGCAAAACAUGUUUAGUUAAACCGGGUUUAACUGAAUGAAGAUCAGAAACAGAGAACUGAAAACUGAAUUUUCAAUAAGAUUCAAGUAAUCGCUAACUUAUA